UGGACGUUGGGUGGUGAUAGGACAUGCCCAUUUUUAAAUAUUAUUUUCGUGACAUAUUUUAAUUUCUUUGUGAGGUUCGUUUUAAUUUAAUUAGAGUUUCCGUUCCAAAUAUAGUGAAAUAUGAAUUUUUAAAAGUUAAAGUGUUUAUUUGAGUUAGAUGUAUUAGUAUUGUGUGUGUUUUGUUGAUUAUUUCAACAUUAUGAAGGUGGAUGUGAACGUUUGGAGGCGACGCGCCGCGUUGAAUAUCUCAGGCUGCCUGGCUCUGCUGCUGGGCGCGGCGGCGUGGGCGGGCGCGGAGGCGGCCGGGCCUCUGGGCCCCUCCGAGAGGCCCGAGGCGUACUUCAACGGCUCCACCUACAUCCGCCUCGCACAGCCCUUCUCGCUCAAACAGCUCGUCGGGCUCAGCUUCAGGACUUGCGUUGGCGGCGAGCUGUUCUCGCAGCGGUUCGAAGGCUACACGCUGUACGUGACGGCGUUGUACGAGCAGGUGGUGGUGUCGUGGGCGCGGCCGGGGCAGGCGGCGCGCGACGUGGCGCUGGGCAAGGCCACGCUGGACAACCGCUGGCACUGGGUGGCGCUGCGCUACCGCCCCAACCCGCCCUCGCUGCUGCUCGAGGUCGAUAAGGACACACAGGUGAUAUCGAACGUGACGUGGAACCCCGAGCUGCUGAGCCCGGGCGCGCUGGAGGCGGGCGGCGCCGUGGUGCUGGUGGGCAACCUGUUCAGCGGCUGCGUGCUCGAGGGCCCGCAGCUGGAGUUCCACGCCGCGCACGUGCUGCAGGCCAGCGCGCGGUUCGCGCCCUGCCCGCUCACCACCGACGAAUGUAAAGACAGAAAAGACGUUCUAAGAAUACCACCCAAGGAUUACUGUUAUAACGAGCCAUGUUUGAGGCACGGCACCUGCAUAUCUAGACAUGACAAAUAUGAAUGCCACUGCACGGCAAGGUAUACGGGAAAUAACUGCGAAGUGGAUGCAGGCGACCCUUGUGCGUCUCAGCCCUGUCAGAACGAUGCGCGCUGCGUCGAGGACUCGCGGGGGGACUAUACGUGCAUUUGUCCCUUGCACUAUCAUGGCACGUACUGUGAGCUGGAAGAGUCGCUGGACCCGCAGUGCGUGGCGCAGCCGUGCCGCAACAACGGCAGCUGCAGUGUGCCGCUUGGCGCCGACGAGUAUGUGUGCGACUGUCCGCCGGGCUACGCCGGCCGCAACUGCGAGACGGAUCUCGACGAGUGCGAGAGCGGCGCCUGCCUGAACGGCGGCCGCUGCGUCGACGCCGUCAACAACUUCACCUGCGACUGCGACGGCACGGGCUACACGGGCGCGCGCUGCGAGACCAACGUGGACGAGUGCGAGGAGGAGCGCGGCAUCUGCGGCCACGGCGCCUGCUACGACACGUACGGCGGCUUCGUGUGCGCCUGCCUGCCCGGCUACACCGGCGAGCGCUGCCACAAGAUGUCCGCGUGCGCGUCGGGCCCGUGCGGCGUGGGCGGCGCCUGCGUGGAGGAGAACAACGGUGCGGGCUUCCGCUGCGUGUGCGCGCGCGGCCUGGCGCCGCCGCUGUGCGCGCCCGCCACGCCGCCGCCCGCCGUCGCCGCGCCCGCGCCGCCCGCCACGCCGGCCGCGUGCGCCGACCUGGCGUGCCCGCCGCGCUCGCACUGCCGCGCCGGAGUGCCCGGAAUGGUGGCCGGAGUGAUGGUAUCCAAGCAAGUGCUGUGCGUCUGCGAUCUCGGAUAUUAUGGCGCGCCGGGCCUGGCGCCCAACUGCACCAGCGCGGAGCAGGCGUGCGAGGUGGGCGUGUGCCUCAACGGCGGCACGUGCCUCAGCGGCACCGACCACUUCAACUGCACCUGCGUGCCGCCCUACAAGGGUGCGUACUGCGAGCUGGGCCCGGCCGGCAAGGCGCUGGCGGAGCGCUGUGCGGCCUCGCCCUGCCUGCACGCCGUGUCGUGCCGCGACCACGCCAAGGGUUUCCACUGCGAGUGCGAGGCGGGCUGGGCGGGCGCGCGGUGCGACUCGCCCGCCGCCGGCGCCGACGACUGCGGCGGCGGCUGCCUCAACGGCGGCACCUGCCGCGCCGACGCGUGCGACUGCCGCCCGGGCUUCGGCGGCGCACAGUGCGAGCUGCCGCUCGACUGCCGCUCCGCCGCCGCGCCGUGCCCGCCCAAACAGGAGUGCGUGGAGCAGGGCGGCGCGUGGCGCUGUGCGGCGGCCGCGGCGCACUCGGCGUGCGCGUCGUCGCCGUGCCAUAACGGCUCGUGCCUCGCGCUGGACUCGGGCCUGUUCCGCUGCCAGUGCGCGCCCGGCUACAGCGGAAGACUCUGCGAGUUUGACGUCGACGAAUGUGUGCUAAUGCCAAAUAUAUGUAUUCAUGGACUGUGCAUCAAUGGGCAAGGAUCCUACCAGUGUUACUGCAAACCAGGUUACACUGGUGACAGUUGCGAUCAAGACAUCGAUGAAUGUUUGUCAUCACCCUGUAAGAACGGCGGCACUUGCCAAAACUUGGAAAACAACUACGAGUGCACCUGCAUUGAGGGAUUCGAAGGCAAGGAUUGUUCAACAAACAUCAACGAGUGCGCCAGCAAUCCGUGCUCAGCGGGCUCCACGUGCGUGGACGGCAUCGCGAGCUACAAGUGCGUCUGCCAAGAGGGCCUCAGCGGGCCGCAUUGCGAGAUUAACAUCGAUGACUGUGAAUCGCAGCCGUGCGCGCAUGGCGGGCGCUGCACGGACGCGCUCAACGGCUACGCGUGUGACUGCGCGGGCACGGGCUACACGGGCGCGUCCUGCGAGCUCAACAUCGACGAGUGCGCCUCGCAGCCGUGUCGCAACGGCGGCUCCUGCUUCGACGACGUCAACGACUACCGCUGCGCCUGCUACGCGGCCUUCACGGGCAAGAACUGCGAGACGGACGUGGACGAGUGCGAGAGCUCGCCGUGCAAGUUCGGCGGCGUGUGUCUGCAGCGCAGCAACGCCAGCCUGUACGCGCGCGCCGGCGCCGCGCCGCCCGUGGGCCCGCAGCCGCACAUGUUGCUGCCCGACCACUUCUACCAGCCCUUCUCCCUGGAGAACGCCAGCGGGUACGAGUGCGUGUGCGUGGCGGGCACGACGGGCGCGCGCUGCGAGGUGAACGUGGACGAGUGCGCGUCGUCGCCGUGCCGCCACGGCAAGUGCGUGGACGGCGUGGGCGACUACGAGUGCGAGUGCUUCGCGGGCUACGAGGGCACGCACUGCCAGGACGACAUCAACGAGUGCCUCAGGUACACGCCAUGCGAGCACGGGCGCUGCGACGACCGGCGCGCCUCGUACUACUGCUUCUGCGAGCUGGGCUGGGGCGGCCAGAACUGCUCGGUGGUGCUGGAGGGCUGCCGCGGGGAGCCGUGCCGCAACAACGGCACCUGCCUGCCGUGGCUCGUCAACGAGAACGACCACCGGUUCAACUGCUCCUGCGCGCCCGGCUACUACGGCACCACUUGCGAGAAGAUAACAACAAUGUCGCUGGAAAAGAGCAGCUACGCGGAAGUGAACACGUCCCGCGAGGAAGGCUACGACAUCUCCUUCCGCUUCAAGACCACGCUGGACAGCGGGCUGCUGGCCAUGGGUCGCGGCUUCACCUACUUCUUCCUGGAACUGUCCAGGGGCCGGCUCAACCUGCACUCCAGCCUUCUCAACAAGUGGGAGGGCGUGUUCAUCGGCUCCAACCUCAAUGACAGCAAUUGGCAGAAAGUGUUCGUAACAAUCAACUCGUCGCACGUGGUGCUGGCCGCUAACGAGGAGCAGACCAUCUACCCCAUCAGCCAGAACGAGGCCUUCAACGCGUCCGUCACCUCCUUCGCCUCCACCCGCCUCGGCACGGCGGGCUCGUCGUACGCCACGCUGACCCACGGACCCAACUUCUUCAUCGGCUGCUUCCAGGACGUGGUUGUUAAUGGCCAAUGGGUUCUGCCGGAAGAUUCAAACGCGACUGCUGUAGAAAGCCGCACUGAACGAUCCGGGUCGGAGGAAGAAGAUCCCGGCUCUGGGUCGGAGGACGGCGAGAGGGUGGCUCAGGCGGUGUUGCGCGGCGUGCUGGCCGCUUGUCCCCGCACCCCGCAGUGCGAGCCCAACCCCUGCCUGUCCGGCGGAGUGUGCAAGGACCACUGGACCUCCUUCCAGUGCACGUGUCCGCGCCCGCAUUUAGGAGACAGAUGCCAGUACAACUACACGGCGGCCACGUUCGGGCAGGAGUCGGCCAAGCCGCGCUCGGUGGUGACGGUGCAGGUGUCGGAGGCGGCGCGGCGCGCGGUGCUGGCGGCGCUGGACAUCUCCAUGUUCAUCCGCACGCGCAAGCCCACCGGACAGAUCUUCUACCUCGGCUCGCUGCCCAAGUACGGUCAAACGGAGGAAACGCUCGUAGGAGCAUCACUCAAAGCCGGCGAGCUUCUCGUGCACCUUCGCUUCAAUCAGACGCCGGAGGACUACACCGUGGGAGGGACUCGUCUGGACAAUGGGCUGCUCUACCUCAUAGAGGUCGUGAGGAACUCCACGCUGGUGCAAGUCAAGUUGAACGGCACGGAGUACUUCCGGAAGUCGAUAUCGGCCGCCAAACAACUGGACGCGCAGGUGCUGUACUUGGGCGGACCGCCGCCGCCGCCGGCGCCGCUGCCGCCCGGCGCGCAGGGUGCGGACAACGCCACCACGCCCGCCCCCGCGCCCUUGCCCGAACCCGACGACGAUGACUACUUUAAAGGCGUCAUACAGGACGUGCAGGUGUCCAACGGGCUGGACGUGGCCGUGGUGCAGUUCUUCCCGCUGCAGGCGGCCGGGCUGCGCGUGCCGGCGCCCUUCGGCGAGGUGUCGCUGGACCCGGCGGGCGUGCUGCGCGGCGAGGUGUCGGACGACGUGUGCGCGUCGCAGCCGUGCCUCAACAACGCCACCUGCGCGCUCACGUGGAACGACUACACGUGCGCGUGUCCGCGCGGCUACAAGGGCAAGCAGUGCGGCGAGGUGGAGUUCUGCCAGCUGCAGGGCUGCCCGCUCAACUCCCACUGCCGGAACCUCGACCGAGGGUACGAGUGCGUGUCAAACGCGACCUUCGACGGCUUGAACACCACUCUGAGCUACCGCCUGCGCGUCCCGCGCGCCACCGCGCUGGCCGCCGACCCGUUGGAGCCGCACGAUCUACCCGACUCGCUCACCAUCACCUACAGGAGCAAAGUGGGCGGCACGUUGUUCCGCGCGGAGGCGGAGGGCGCCGUGUUCAGCGUGGGGCUGUACAAGGGGCAGGUGGGCGUGCAGUGGCGCCUGCGCGGGCUGCCGGCGCAGCGGCGCAUGCGCGCGCGCCGGCCGCACCAGCGCUGGGCCACGCUGCGCCUCGUGCUGGCCGACGGCCGCAUCACGGGCUCAUUCGUCGACGCCGACGGGCAGGAGGAAGUGGGCCUGUCGGACGACAUCGACGUGGCGGCGUGGCAGAAGCUGGUCACGGAGGGCACCAUCACGCUGGGCGGCUGCGCCCGCCCGGGCCCGCCGGCGCCCGCCGUGCCACCGCCGACACCACCACCCCUAUGGAGAACUCCACGGAUCCCAGCGUGUUGGAAUAUUCCGAAGACGAAUUGAUAGAUGACAACCUGGCUGGAGAGUAUUUCAAAGGCUGCCUGGGCGCCGUGCACGUGGGCUCGCUGCUGCUGCCGUUCUUCACGGAGCAGGUGCUGUUCGUGGGCG